ACUCCCCACUUCCCCACUCUUUCUCUCUUUCUCUCUCCUUUGUUCUUCAACUUAAAAAGAGAACAACUGUAGAUACAAAACAAGGCACACAAAAAAAAAAAAAACCAGUAGAGAAAGAGAUAGGGAAAGCGAAAAUGGUGGAUGAUUUCAUGGUAUGUGUAGACAGAAUCAUAGCAUCAGCUUGUUUUGAGUCAUCGUCAGUGAAUGAAGGACAACCAAGCUCAACAACAACGACUGGGAAUACUAAUGUUGUUGUUUCUGUUCAAGAAUCAAGUGGUGGUGGUGAUGAUGAUGAUGAUGAAAAAGAAGGGUGUUUUUCAAAGAAGCUGAAAGAGAUGGUGGAGUGUAGGAUAUGUCAAGAGGAAGAUGAUUUGCUUUCCUUGGAAGCUCCUUGUGCCUGUAACGGCACCCUCAAGUUUGCUCACAGGAGAUGCAUUCAGAGAUGGUGCAACAAGAAAGGUGACAUAACUUGCGAAAUAUGCAAACAGGUCUUUUCACCAAACUAUUCUAUUCCACCGACCAGAAGCAGUCCUGAUGUUUUGGCAAUUGACAUAAGGCAAGCAUGGAGCCCACAUAUGGAUCUUCGUGAUUCACACCUUCUAGUGUUAACCGCUUCACAAAGCCAAUUACUCCAGUCAGAGUAUGAAGAUUAUGUUGCUGCAAAUAGUGGUAGCCUUGCCUGUCUGCGCUCUGUUGCUCUCAUUUUGCUUAUAAUUUUGCUCAUACGCCAAGCCCUUAUGUUGACAAGAAAUUCUGGCAUGGUGCAGGAGUCAUCAGCAUUCAUUAAUUUUCAGGUUAUGCUUCUUCAAUUUGCUGGUUUUCUUCUGCCAUGCUAUGUGAUGGCUCGCACAUGGUACUUACAAAGUCGAAGGAGGAGACAGGGUUAAACCGGCUAAAGUCAAUUUAUCUGCAUUUUCACAACGGACUGUUCUUUCCUUCCAUGCUGAAGACAGACAAGUUGUUUUUGUAAAUGGCAAUUUCUCAAAGUUGUAUCUCCAUCAAAUAGGUGCUCUAAAAGUCUAAUGGCUGAAAUCCUUUGUAUCUCAAUUACAGAACUCGGAAGCAAAUGUAAAUGUGAUCACGAGUUCAUUAGGUUUUUUUACUUUAUUCUGGUAAUCGUCAAAAGCCAUGGCUUGAGACGGUAAACAGUGCUGCUGAUUUGGCAUCUGCAGACUCAUGUAGUUUCAAGUUGACUUACAUACUGCCUUGUGACUCUAUCGGUACUCAUGCAAUUCUGCUUAAUAGUUGUUUAAGGCAAAAACCAUGGUUGUUUCAA